GCGGCAAACCGCGGGGACUGGGGCCCCUCCUUAGCAUGGCACUAACAGCCCGUGCCAAGCUGGAGAGAUGUUUCGUGGAGGUUGUGCUGGGAGAAUGGUAUUCAGCGAUAAUUCAAACGGCCGAGACCUCAACUUGCAGCAGUCGGGCCUACCUAGAUGAAUGGCAUCACGCAAGGACUCGGAAUUCGCAGUAUUUCAGAUCAAAAAAAAAGUGAAAAAGAAUACGAAUAUCGAGAAAAGCAAAGUAACUUGAAUAUAGCUCCUCAGCG